AUGAGUGACGUCACCACUGAGGUGAAGAACAAGGAAGACGAGUCCAUCCACCGGGUAUAGAGGACAGAAGUCAUAACCAAAAUAAAGAGGCUUUCUGUGUAGUUAUUGAAGCGUAAUUUGUUGAUAAACUAAGUGCCGUUAACUAUAAGGUGAGUGGAGGAAUGGUCCGCAGCUGUACCUCCGGCUGGUGCGCUCGGUUUGUGGAGCGACACCAGUCAGCGCUGAAUUUUGCGCUGCUGGUUGUUGGUUACAUCCUUUACCUCCUGAUCGGCGCCGGGAUCUUUUCCGCCAUCGAGCUGCGCUACGAGCAGGAGCUCCGUCAGGAGCUGAAAGCGGCCCAGCAGGACUUCCUGAGCAACAACCCCUGUGUGUCCCAAGAGCGCCUGAACGAGCUUCUGGCCCGCGCGCUAGAGGCCACUAAGUAUGGAGUGUCCGUGCUGGAUAACGACACCGAGCGAAACUGGGACUUUGUGUCCUCCCUGUUCUUCACCAGCACCGUGCUGACCACCACAGGUUAUGGCCAUACUGUUCCUCUCUCAGAUGAAGGGAAGGCCUUCUGUAUUUUCUAUGCCCUCUUUGGCAUCCCUGUUACCCUCUUCUUCCUCACUGUUGUGGUGGAGAGAAUUAUGGUCCUGGUGACUCGACGUCCAGUGUCCUAUUUCCACCGUCGAUGGGCCAUGUCCAAAUCGAAGUUAGGCGCCAUACAUGCUACCUGCCUAGCCAUCAUCAUGGCCCUGAUCUUCCUCAUCAUCCCUGCAUGGAUCUUGUUCAGCAUAGAGAAAGACUGGAACUUUCUGGAGUCUCUGUAUUUCUGUUUCAUCUCUCUGACGACCAUUGGCCUCGGGGAUUAUAUCCCUGGAGAGGCCAGGAAUAAAGAGGACAACCCACACCCACAGCUCUACAGGUUUUCUAUUACAGUCUACUUGGUGCUGGGCUUGGUGUUUGUCCUGGUGGUGCUGGAGACGUGUUGCGAGCUUCCCCAGAUGAGACGCCUCAGACAGAGGUUCUACCAAGAAAGGGUUCGGGAGCUGGACUCCGAGACCACCAACAUCAUCGAGCGGGAUCACAUGAGCGACCAGCAGAGCAACCCCUCGUAUCACGUGACAGAUCACCUACCAGUCAUCCCUUCUGUGUCAGAACAGGCUGCGUCUUUACAGCAGGAUGGGAAGUCAAUGCCUUACACCCCAGUAUCAGAAUCUGCUGUUGACAGCAAACUGAGAUAACAGAUUGUCUGGAAAACAUUGUCUUUGAGGGACUGAUCUAUACAUUUGUGCUCCAUUUGUGACUGCUCAGGACAUACUGGCUUUGACCUCUAAAUGUGUAUGUAUAUAAGGAGCUUGUGUAUAUAGUAUCUACAUGUAAGCUGGGUUACUUAAUCACUUAAAAUGGCUUUCUGCCAUUGCCAACACCAACUGACAUUUGUGGCGUAAUAGCAGGAACCACCCACAGACUAUCAGGAUGGCAUUGUUUUCUUGUUCUCCCCUGUAGCUCCAUUCCCUGCAGAUAAGAGCGAGAUCUGUAACACAGAGGAAGGGCUGGGCCCCCAAACAGAGGGAAGCCCUACAUGGUUCAACUUCCUGCCAAUGUCUUGAUGCCGUAAUUCCAAAGUGGAACAGUUUGCUCUAGAGGAUUUCACAUCCGCUCUUAGCACUUUAUAUAACCAAUGGUGGUAUUUGCAUAGGAAAUUUGCCUUCUUGGAAGUAGUAUAGCAGUACCAGGGGAAUUAGGCAUACUAUCAGUUGGCCUACUGCACAUUAUGUGAAAAUGAUUCUAAGAACAAGAUAAUUUAUUUGAAUAACAAAGUAAUAGAAACCUGUCAAUUAUAACGCAAUACAGUUCAACAGCACCACAAACUGCAGUAUCCCCAUAAUGACCAUACCAUUGAAUCAACACCUCUCUAAAAGAGUUUCAACAAAAACUGAACACUGUAACUUUCAUGAAGGUAGGAUUUAAUGCAGCACCAUUGUAUUAGAGUGCAUUAGUUCCAGUUAGAUGUACCUAAUAAACUGGCAGCUGAAUGUACUGUAUUUCAAUUGGGUAAUCAUUCUACAAUGCAUGGCUUCUCACCACUAGAGGGCAGCACUUUCAUUUUCUUUACAAAAGAGAUUUACUUGAGUUUUUUUGUUACAGGAAUGUAUCUUCCAUGCUGCUCAGGGGAGAUCCUUAAAAACACAACUGUGCAAUAAUGUGUCAUUGUUACAACUGAGGGUGAGGGAGCGUGUUUUUAUUAUCCAUUUUAUUCACACUCGCGAAACUGCAAAAAAAAGGGGGGUAAAAAUCACAAGAAUCAAAAUAUAACCUGGCUUCCAAAGAUUAUUUUGCUGCCUGUUUUCAUUGUCAUUUUUCAGGAUUAUGGGUUUUAAUCAAUAGAAGAACAUUAUAAUGGUAUUUAAA